GCCACUUGCUCUUGUUAAAUGCAAGUGUCGCAAAGUGUUAAUGAGUUAAAAGUAAUUCUCAGAUUGCGCAGUCACGUUAAGGAUGGAAUGUGAGCCAAUCGAAAGUGCCCAUAUAUUACUAAUCCUUAUCUAAGGCGACCACCGACAUCGCUUAUAAAAGGGGUCGCCCUGGUCCGGAUGGGAAACAAUCGCUGGUUGUACGCCUGCAGAAAUGGCAAGAACCACAGUAGUGCUGCUUAUUUUUGGCCUGGCCGUGUCCAGUGCCCUCGACUUGGACCCGGAGUUAAACGGCGACAUCGAACUAGGUGUAAGGGAGUACCAACGCCUGAACAAGCUGCGGCACUUGCCGGAGGAGUUCUUUAGCCACUACCAGAACGUAACCUUGGAGGACUUGGUGCCCGAGGGACGGCUGCCCACAGUCCAGGACCUGCAGUGUUAUGCGGAAUUCACCCAGCUGACCGCAGGACUGGCCACUGGCAGUCUUUGGGCCUUCAGAAUGAUUGACUCCUGGGGAUCGGUACCGGCCGGUAUCCUGAAGGGCCACCUCAAGGAUCUGGGCCACUAUGACGAGUGCGUGGCCAUCGAGCAGACCCUGGCAUCAAGCCACACUCUGCUCGGCAAAUACUGCCUGGCCAAUCUGCCGCUGCAGCCAUUGAUGAGGAUCGGUGUCCAGACGGCCGUUUGCUUUCCCGCCUCGUGCUCAGCCAGCAACAUGGACACUCUGCUGCGGCGGGUGCUCAAGCAACUGGUCGGUCUGGAGCUGAGUGACAACCAAACUCUGGUCAGGGAAAGCACCUGCAAAACUUCGGAGCGUGAAGCCUACGAUGCUGUCACCAUUUUCACAAUCGUUCUUCUGUCUGUGUUUGGUGGUGUGGUGGCCCUGGCCACUCUCUACGACUAUUUCCUGUGUGAGGAUCAAAAAAAACUGCCCGCCCUUCUGAAGGCUUUCUCUGCGCGUGCCAAUUCCCGAUCGCUAUUCCGCAUCACCACCGAACCCAAUCCCAAUGUGAUUGAGUGUCUGCAUGGAAUUCGUGGAAUGUCCCUCAUUUGGGUGUGCUUGGGUCACGACUACGUAAUUGGCAUCACUUCACCCAACAUCAACAUGUACGAUGUGUAUACUUGGGCGAAAACCCCUUUUAUGAACAUCAUCUAUGAGGGCGUGUUCGCAGUGGACAGCUUCUUCUUCAUCAGCGGUAUGCUGGUCGCAAUGGUCGCCCUGCGUUCGAUGGAAAGGGCCAAGGGAAAGUUGAACAUUCCGCUGAUGUACCUUCAUCGCUAUCUGCGCCUCACGCCCAUCUUGGCCGUAUCUAUUCUGCUCUACCUGAAGCUGCUGCCGCUCAUGGGCGACGGUCCGCUGUUCGGCAACUGGAACUUUGAUAGCUACGAUAGCUGCAACGACAACUGGUAUUGGACCCUGCUCUACAUUCAGAACUACGCUGCUGAUCAGCAAUGUUUGGUUCACGCCUGGUACCUGGCCAUCGAUAUGCAGCUGUACAUCCUUGCGCCCGUCCUGCUGAUCAUCGUGUACAAGUGGGGUAAAAAGGGUGCCGCGGUGAUCCUGCUGCUUCUGCUGGCACUGGCUGCCUAUCUGUUCGGCACUAUGGUGAUCAAUAACAACUCUCUGAUAAACUCUGGAGGCAGAGAAGGCCCAGACGACUACACAGAUGAUCUGUCGCACUACACCCACAACAGGGCCUCGGGCUGGCUGGUCGGUUUCCUGUUCGGCUACUUCCUGCACACGAUUCGCGGCAAGACCAUCCAGCUGAGUCGUCCUGCCAUCUGGCUGGGCUGGAUCACCUGUCUGGUCCUGCUGCUCACCUGCAUCUUCGCCAUGUAUCCGUACGCCAAGGCCAAUGCCAAGACGCUGCCCAUCCUCAACGAGGCCUUCUACGUUUCGCUCUCGCGAAUCGCUUGGCCCCUGGGCCUCAGCUGGGUGGUCUUUGCCUGCAUGCAAGGAUACGGUGGACUGGCCAACUCCUUCCUCACCUCGCCGCUGUGGCAGCCUGUGUCGAAGCUCUCCUUCUGCAUCUACUUGGGGCACCUGCUGAUCCAGAACCUCAAUGGCGGGCGCACGCGGGUCAACACCUACUUCUCGAACUACGACAUUAUGCUGCGUUUCUGGCAGGACUUUGGUUUUUCGGUCUUGCUCGCCUAUGUCAUGUACAUUUUGAUCGAAGCUCCGUGCGGCGGAUUGGAGAGUCUGAUCCUGCCCAACCGAAGACCAGCUCCCCAGCCAAAGCUGCAGCCUGCUGAAUCCUCCCUGGAGCCGCACCCAUCGCCUGCUGAUGUGGAAAAGCAAGCCCCAGAUCCUGUGAACGGCAGUGCAACGGCUUCAGCUCCAUCGCUGGAAUGCAAGACUGAACUGCAGGCCAACGAGGAAAAAGAAGGCAAUACUUCUAGUUAAAGCACGCCAAGGAAAUCAAAGCGCCUCAAUGUAAAUAGCAUACUACUCAUAAUUACAUAUACGAGUAGUUCGUACAAUAUAUCAAUUGAAUCUUACAUGAACAAUACUGAGUGUGGAAAUGGGAAGAAUCUAUCUUAAAUAGACCAUAUGAGCAGUUUCAAUAGCAAUCUAUAAAAGGAACAAAACAAACAGGAAACUUUUCUACUGCGUAUGAGCAUAUAGUCUCCUGGCCAUUUGAGCAGAACGUGACUCACAGAAGACUCAGUGAAUGGGUUUUUUCUGAACUUUGAAUUAGAUUGCCGCCUAUGUUAGUAAAUUGCGAUUAGUGAUGUUAGCCGGAGUGGCGCACGGGCUCAGUUCACUGCGAACUA